UGGCGGCCUUUUCUCCCUCCAACAAUAUUCUUCUUCAACACCACAUUACCCGCUCGGAAAAGUACUUUCUUCCUCCACUUUCAUUUCAAAAUUUUCACGCUGGUCACUCCAAUUCCAUAAACCUUGCAAAAAACUCACCUUUCGUGUCUCGAGUCAUGUACGAGAGUAACGACUCUUUGAUCGCCGCCAUCACCCAACUGGGAAAGAGAAGACAAACCAAAGACGAACUAAUAGAUGAAGAUAACUCUCCAAACAACAAUAAAGAUAGAACACUAGCUCAAGUAUGGCGAGAAAUCCACGGUCAAGAUGACUGGGUGGGCAUGCUCGACCCCAUGGAUGCCCUUCUAAGAUCCGAACUCAUCCGGUAUGGCGAGAUGGCGCAAGCUUGCUACGACGCUUUCGACUUCGACCCUUUUUCCAAGUAUUGUGGAAGCUGUAGAUUCAUGCAUCGUAAUUUCUUCACCUCUCUGGGUAUGGAACAUCACGGAUACGAUGUGUUUCGUUAUCUCUACGCGACCUCAAACAUUAACCUCCCCAAUUUCUUCAAGAAAUCUCGCUGGCCCAAAGUCUGGAGCAAGAACGCCAACUGGAUCGGAUACGUCGGUGUUUCCAACGACGAAACCACCAAGCGUCUAGGCCGCCGUGACAUUUGCAUUGCGUGGAGAGGGACGGUGACUCGCCUCGAGUGGAUUGCCGAUUUAAUGGACUUCCUGAAGCCCAUUUCCAACAACAAAAUGCCCUGUCCUGAUCAUACCGUGAAAGUCGAAUCCGGGUUCUUAGACCUCUACACCGAUAAAGAUGUCAACUGCCGGUUCUGCAAAUUCUCCGCCCGGGAACAAAUUCUAACCGCAGUUAAGAAAUUAUUAGAAAUGUACUCCCACGAAGAAAUUAGUAUUACCAUCACAGGACACAGUCUUGGGAGCGCUUUGGCGAUAUUGAGCGCGUAUGAUAUAGCUGAGACUGGUUUGAAUGUGAUGGAAGACAGCCGGGCGGUGCCGGUUUCAGUGUUUUCGUUUUCGGGGCCGCGGGUGGGAAAUGUGAGGUUCAAGGAGAGGAUGGAGACGCUAGGUGUGAGGGUGUUAAGAGUGGUGAAUGUGAAUGAUAUUGUGCCGAAAUCUCCGGGGUUUUUCUUGAAUGAAAACGCAUGGCCGUUGUUGAUGAAGAUGGCUGAGGGUUGGCCGUGGAGUUAUUCACAUGCGGGAGUUGAGUUGGCGUUGGAUCAUAAGAACUCUCCGUUCUUGAAACAGACUAAUGAUCCCGUUUGUGCUCAUGAUUUGGAGGCUCUUUUGCAUUUGCUUGACGGAUACCAGGGAAAAGGGCAUAGAUUUGUGCUGGCAAGUGGGCGAGAUCCGGCGUUGGUGAACAAGGCGAGUGAUUUUUUGAAAGAUCAUUACUUGGUUCCGCCGUUUUGGAGGCAAGAUGAGAACAAAGGAAUGGUGAGGAACGAGGAUGGGCGUUGGGUGCAGCCAGAAAGGCCAAAGAUAUUUGACGAUCACCCUCCUGAUAUGCACCACCACCUUACCAAAUUAGGCCUCACUGCUUCUGUUGACAGUAAUCCACAUAUUUAAUUCGGUAUCAUUGUAAAAUUUGGGUUCUCACUCAGAUUGAAUAUUACCAAGCCACCAGUGCAAAAAAACAUUGUAUAUGUAAAUCAAUUGCAGUGUUAGCUUACGA